UCGCCUCGGUGGACAAUGGUGGAAUUUUGCUCAAACUACUACACGAACAGGGUGGGAGUUUCGUGACCCAGGCCCUCUCCACUACGGGUAUGUGUUUGUGGCUCCAUGUCUGGGGGGGGAAGGGGGGAGGUUGCAUUGACUCUUCCAGGGAUUUAUCUGUUCGGAUACGGACUGGGAGGAAUGAUCACCGGUCCUUUCUCUGAGGUGUUUGGUCGCAAUCCAAUCUACAUCUUCUCCCUGACCAUGCUGUGCCUUUUCGAAAUGGGUAGCGGCCUUUCGUCUACGAUUGGCACACACAUUGCUUGCCGGUUCGUUUCUGGAUUUUUCGCUUCGGUGACCGUGGUGGGCUCCGGGGGCUCGCUGAACGACAUCUGGUCGCCCAUCCAGCGCGUCUGGGCGUUCCCCAUCUACGCCAGCGCCACCUAUAUCGGGACCAUAGUCGGGAUUGUCCCUAGUUCCCUAAUUGGGACGUCGCUCUCGUGGGCCCGGCAUUGGGUUUCGUGGAUCGACAUCAUCCUCGCCGCCAGCCUUCUCGUCUUCGUCCUCCUCUUCCAGCCGGAGACGUACGCGCCGUCUCUGAUGCGGUGGAAGGCGCGGCACCUGCGUCGGUUAACAGGCGACAAUCGCUACCGCGCUCCAGUGGAGCAGACCGAGGUGAGCUUCAGCUCCCGCCUGGCACAUGCCCUGUACCGCCCUGUGAUUUUCAUGAUACGCGAGCCCAUCGUCGGUCUGGUCUCGCUCUACCUCGCCCUCAUCUUCAUCGUCCUCUACACCUUUCUCGCCGGGUACAUCUACAUCUUCGUCAAACUGUAUCAUCUAUCGCCCGCGCUCGUCGGGGCUCUCGCGCAGAGCACCUCUGUCGGGGUGGCGAUCUCCUGGCUGACGGUCCCGCUGGCGAUGAAAUGCGUCCAGCGCGACGUUGCCCUCGCCUCGAGCCGCGGCCACUCGCGCCCACCCCCGGAAAUCAGCCUGUACAUGGCGAUGUUUGGGGCGCCGGCGAUCCCAAUCUCGCUUUUUUGGUUGGGCUGGACGGCUCGCCCGUCCAUCUCGCCGUGGUCGGCGCUCGGCGCGUCCGCCCUCUUCGGGUACGGCUCCAUCUGCGUCAUCAUCUCCAUGCUGCAGUACAUCGCCGAUACGUUCGAGUUCUACGCCGCCAGCGCGAUGGGCACCGUCUCGCUGGUCCGCUUCGCGGCCGCGGGCGGCGUCGUCACCGUCUCGUUUCCCUUUUACGAAAACCUCGGCGUCGGUGAUACCCUUACCAUCUUGGCUUGUCUGAGCUUUGCCAUGCUCCCCAUGCCCUAUAUCUUUUAUAAAUUCGGCCACCACAUUCGUAGGCUGAGUAUAUAUGCUGUCCGUUAAUUGAAUUUGGUGUAAUUAUUUUUCUACUCAACUUUAAGAUGAGAAAAGCUGGAUAGAUUCUCAUUAUCAAGCGCAAACGAUUCAGAACUUUUGCCUGGCCGUCCAUUUCAUAUCUUCUACUAGUCGUAUUCGUGACAACGAUCAUUGCAACCUUUUUGCUUGCAGAACCCUUCAUUGAGCAGUGAGUCCACAGGAGCACUGGGAAAUUUUGGUCUCCAUGAAAACAGCUUAUCGUGUUGACGGACCCCAUAUAUCAUAUUUAAUGUACCCAGCUUGAAGGGGUGGUGGUUUAUAUCCACUGUUCAGGGAUACUUCGUAGUGCUCUCAGCAACGGCAAACCGGUAGGCCGAGCAUCGAACUUUCUUUCAAAGCAGCAAGGUUGGGAAUGGGUAGGUGGUUUUUUUUGUCUUCAUGCCGAAACAAUGACAAUC